UUAAAAAUGGCCUGCUCGCAUCAAGCUUUGAGUCACUCUCAAUUGGAAGCGCGAGUUAAACGGUUCUCUAAUCGAACGCUGAGCGCACAACGCAACUGUCUGUGUCGAGUUGCGUUUUCAGCUCUUCUUCGAUUGCUUGCUAUUUGGACUACAAAAAAAAGGAGUGAAAAUAUACGAAAUAUAGGAAAAAAAAAAACACGUAUACACAAAAAAAAAUCUAAACUACGCCGAAUAAAAAGGUGAAAAAUGUAUACAAACACAAAACUAAUAAUAUUGCUGCUGGCAAUGAUUGGAGCGAAGGCAAAUGCGAAUGGCAACUCCAUACCCACAUUGACAACGCCGACGGGCGUCUUUGAGACGCGAACAGAUAAGGUUCCAAUUGGAAGUGGAACUGGGAAUGGAAAUGGAGCUGCCGCAACAUUGCCGGCUGCAUCUUAUGAUGACCUCGACACAUUUGUUCCAUUCCGCAGCGACUCGCAUGACAAUUUCUCGUGGCAGCUGCUCAAAUCGGUGCUGCUGAGCGAGACGGCAAAACAGAAUAAUGUCAUCAUAUCGCCGUUUUCCAUUAAAUUGGUGCUGGCAUUGCUCUCCGAGGCGGCGGGGGCAAACACACAAACACAAACGGAACUGAUAAGCACACAGACGGACAUUCGAUCGGCAAAUAAUGUGCGUGAAUUCUAUCGCAAGACACUCAAUUCGUUCAAGAAGGAGAAUCAACUCCAUAAUACGCUCAAUGUGCGCACCAAGCUUUUCACCGACAGCUUUAUUGAGACGCAGCAAAAGUUUACAGCGACAUUAAAGCAUUUCUAUGAUAGCGAAAUCGAAGCUCUCGAUUUUAGUAAUGCCAACGGAGCGGCCUAUGCCAUCAAUGACUGGGCAGCCAAUGUGACCGAUGGACGUUUACAAAAUCUGGUCACACCGGACAAUGUGCAAAACAGUGUGAUGCUUUUAACGAAUCUGAUCUACUUCAAAGGACUCUGGCGACGACAGUUCUACAACACCUUCGAGGGCGCCUUCUUCCGCACCAAAGAUGCCCAGAUGCGUGUCCAGUAUAUGGAGCAAACGGAUUACUUCUACUACCACAACUCGGACAAUCUGAAGGCACAAAUCUUGCGUCUGCCCUACAAGGGUAAGAACUCCAUGUUCAUUCUCCUGCCCCACGCCAUGGAUGGCAUCUAUGAGCUGCUGCACACGCUGAAAAAUGAUGAGGUCAAGAGUGCUCAAUGGGCAAUGGAGGAGGUUAAAGUUAAGGUAACGCUCCCCAAAUUUCACUUUGACUACAAUCGCAGUUUCCGUGAGACCCUCAAGGAGUUGGGAGUACGCGAAAUCUUUGAGGACACCGCAUCAUUGCCGGGACUGUCAAGGGGAGCUGAUGUUGCCGGCAAGGUGAAGGUGUCAAACAUCUUGCAAAAGGCUGGCAUCGAUGUCAAUGAGCAGGGAACGGAGGCAUAUGCGGCGACCGUAGUGGAGAUUGAGAAUAAAUUUGGCGGCAGCUUAACCAUCGAGGAGUUCAAUGUGAACCGUCCAUUUGUGUUCUUCAUCGAGGAGGAGGCAACCGGUAACAUUCUCUUCGCCGGCAAGGUUCAUCAGCCCCUCUAAUGUGGCCCCCAGACGACAAUAUUAUAAUAUAUAUUAUAUUGAUUUUAUUAUAAUAUGAAAAGCGUUGUAAAACAAAGAAGAAAAAUAAAAAACUGACAAAUAC